CCAAGUUGAACAGAAAAAAAAAUAUUUAAGGGUGCAUCUCGUCUCGGAAACAGCAAAUAUUCUCUUCACUCACUCAUCAGGUCAAACACCUUCACAGUCUUCCAAGCUUCUUCAACAUCUUCAGUCUACACCUUGCCUCCAGCACCCUUCUUCACAACACAUUCAUCCCUCCUCUUAUAACUCCAAACGCCAUCAUGCAUAUGACAAAGGUCACCGCCAUCCUUGCCUUCGCCGCAAGCCUUGCCGCCGCCGCUCCGGGUGCCAAGCUCGUUCCGGAGAAGCGCCAAACCACCGAGUUUGGCCCCUAUCCCGAAGACAGCUACCAGGGAAAGGAGAAUGGAAAGCGCCAGACCACAGAGUUCGGCCCUUACCCUGAAGAUAGCUACCAGGGCAAGGCGAGCCAGAGGCGCCAGACGACCGAGUUCGGUCCCUACCCCGAGGACAGUUACCAGGGAAAGGAGAACGGAAAGCGCCAGACUACAGAAUUUGGUCCUUACCCUGAAGAUAAGUACCAGGGCAAGGAGAACCAAAGACGCCAGACGACCGAAUUCGGCCCCUACCCUGAGGACAAGUACGAGGGCAAGACGAAACGCCAGACCACGGAGUUCGGUCCGUACCCAGAGGACAGCUACCAGGGCAAGGAGAACAGCAAGCGCCAGAACACUGAGUUUGGCCCGUACCCUGAAGAUAAGUACGAGGGCAAGGCCAGGCGUCAGACUACGGAGUUCGGCCCCUACCCUGAGGAUAGCUACCAAGGCAAGAGCUCGAAGCGUCAGACCACCGAGUUUGGGCCUUAUCCCGAGGACAAGUACGAGGGCAACAGCAUGAAGGAGAAGCGUCAAACCACAGAGUUCGGCCCAUACCCCGAAGACAAGUACGACAGCAACAACAUGAAGGAGAAGCGCCAGACCACAGAAUUUGGACCCUAUCCCGAGGACAAGUAUGAGUCUACCAACUCCAAACGCCAGACUACGGAAUUCGGACCCUACCCUGAGGACAAGUACGACAGCAACAACAUGAAGGAGAAGCGUCAAACGACUGAGUUCGGUCCUUACCCCGAGGACAAGUACGAAGCCAAGAACUCUAGACGCCAGACUACAGAAUUCGGUCCCUAUCCCGAGGACAAGUACGAGAACAGCGACAAGAAGGCAUAGACUUCUCGUCAACUUCACGAGUUUGAAUCCGAAGUCUAGAGUCGGAAGCUACAUGUAGUCUCGCGGCGACAACAAGAACCAGAAAAAUGUGAAAAGGGGAGCAAAAAAACAGGCUUUGGAUGGG